UGCACUCUUGUAUUCCUCGUGGUCCUUCGUGUCUUUUGAGGAGAUUAGUAGCAGUAGAGUCAUUUGUAUUUUUGUGCCUAUAGUUUGAACUAAUUGCAUUGUACUACAGCUGAAGUCUAUGGACAGCAAAUAAGAAGCCAAGAUCGAUGAAGCAAGAUUUAAGAGUAGUUGUUCUGGGAUGGCAGAAAACUGACAAAGCCACAUUGAUCAACCGUAUUUUAGGUGAUGAAGUUGAGUCUAAGAAAAGUUUUGUGAAGUCUGUGAGGAGAGACGGUGACGUGAAUGGACGGAAGAUCGCUCUGAUUAACACACCCAGCUGGUGGAAGAUGUUUGGCAUACAAGACUCACCAGAAGUGAUCAAACAGGAACUGGUGUGCAGUGUCUUCCUGUGUCCACCAGGACCUCAUGCUUUUCUGCUGGUUAUUAAUCUCAGUUUGCCUUUUACUCAAGAACACAGAAUCAGUAUUGAGGAACAUCUUGGUCUCUUUGGAGAGAGAAUCUGGUCACACGUCAUAGUGCUCUUUACACGAACAGUUUCACUGAAAGAUGAAUCCAUUGAGCAGCACAUACAGAAUCAAGGAGAAGAUCUGCAGCAGAUCAUCCAGAGAUGUGGAGACAGAUACCACAUCUUUGAUAUUGACAAUAAAGGUAAUGGAGUUGAAGAACUGCUCGUGAAGAUUGAUGGUGUUGUGACUGUAAACAAUGGCAAACACUUUGAAACUGAUGAUGAAAAACUACUUGAGGUGAAGAAAAAGAGAGAAGAAAUUCAAGAGAGAGCAAAAGCCAGACAAACAAUGGUGCAGGAAAAAUCAGAACAACUGACAGAAAUAAGAGCUGUAUCUCUGCUCUCAGAACUCAGAAUUGUCCUGUUGGGGUGGAUCGUUUCUGGCAAGAGUUCUACUGUAAACACCAUCUUCGAUGACGAAAUAUUAAAGAAAGGAAAAACAGAACAGUGCACCAACCAUUCUGGUGACGUGGAUGGCAGAAGGGUGCUGGUGUUGGACACGCCAGGCUGGUGGAAGUAUCUCUCAACUAGAUUCAAUCCAGAGUUUGUACGGACUGCAAUCCUGGAGAGUGAAGGUCUAGCAGAACGUGUGAAAUUUCCCAAUGCCAUGAUCUUGGUGAUUCCAACGGACGCAUCAUUUAAGAAUGAACAAAAACGGGUCAUCGAAGAGUACAUGGCCAUUUUUGGAGAGGAAGUCUGGAGACACACCAUAGUUUUGUUCACAUGGGGCGACAGAUUUCCAGACAUCUCAAUCGAGGAGCACAUUGAGAGUGAAGGAGACGCACUCCAGUGGCUGAUUGAGAAAUGUGGGAACAGAUAUCACGUCUUUGACAACACAGACAGGAAGAAUCGAGAUCAAGUCACACAGCUGCUCCAGAAGAUUGAUCAGAUGGUGGCAGGAAACUGUGUGUUCAGUCUCGACACUACUGCGAAAUACAGUGAUGUUGAGUCGCAUCUUCAGAGAACUGAUACCCAGGAAAAUGUGACGAUGGAUGAGAUCAAACUGAAGGAUAUCUGCCAUUUUCUGGAUGAGGGGUUUAACAGAAAAGCUGAAGAUAUUAGAAAGAAGAUAGGAAACUUAUGGAUGUAUAUCAUGAAAGAAAACCUUGACUGUGCAAGUUUAGAUCAGCUAAUUGAGUUUCAGAAUCACUCACCUUCUACCACAGAACCUCCAAAUUUGGUGCCUACACCUCAACAGGACUGUAUUCCCAACCAGAUAAAGACACUACUGGAGAGAGAAUUAAGCAGAUGGGAAAAUAUAAUGAUAGAAGAAGUUCGGAAGCAUUUGCUGGACAUUAAGUCCUUUGAGCUCUCUAAGGAGGAAAAGAGACGGAUGUCAAUUGAUGCAGUUGUGAGGUUGCUACAGAACUGUAACCAUUAUGCCUCACAUACUGUUCAAAUACAAUGUCCAGAAUCAAUGAUGGUACCAAAGAUACUGAAGAUGAAAUGACAUGAAACCUCAAAUCUGAAGAGCUGCAAUAUGCUGUUCCAAACAUGAUUCAUUCCUAAUUCCUUCUAUGCCUAAACCAAACUCAAUUCUGAAAAAACAGAAAAAUGCAGGUUGUCUGAUUUAUUUAAGCAUAUUAUUUGUGAUCUACACAACAAAAUUGUGUUUCCCUUCUAAACUUGUUGUCUUUGCUUUCGAUGAAUGAAAUUCUCUAAAAUGUGCCUUCUAUUAUAUUACAUCAUGCAGGGUGAAUGUGAACCAAUCAAGUGUGUCCAAAAACAUGGGCAAGGGGAUUUGUGGAAAUUAAGUGUUAUUUUAUGCAUAUAUGAGUCAGAUUAGAAAAGGGGCGAGAUUUAAUAGAUUUUAAUUGGGGACCAAUUUUAGUCAUUUACAAUUUUGCUUCAUGUUUUAACUUGCCUGUGUGUUCUAUUGCUAGCUAAAAGAUAAAAUCAUGUAAAUUCAAAGCAUUUUGCUCCAGUGUGUGCUGUAUAUGGACUAGGGUCUCAUACUUAUAUGACUGUUCCUAAAGCUUGCUUAGAAAUGGGAUAAAGGCUUUUAAGUUUUCUGUGCCAUUUGCUUGGAACGAUUUGCAAUCCAUCCUUAAACAUAGAAUUUAUAAAUGUAAAAUUAUUAGUAAGUCUUGCGAAAAUCAAUCUUACGAUUGUAACUGUUGUAAAUAAUUGAGUUUUUAUAUGUUGUUUUUGGAGUAUCUUAUACUGUCUAUCUCUGGGUGCUGCUUUACUUGUCCAGGGACAGACCUGAUUAAAUAAAGGUUCAAUAAAAAUAAAAUACAAUUUUAGU